AUGGAUGCGUCUAUUUAUACUUUUGUUAAUGGUGUCCCUACUGAUCCUCAGGUUCUGGCAGUCUAUAACGGUUUGAGUAGGCGCCAAAGAGCCAGGUAUGCCACUAUCACUACUGACCAGGGAAGAAGCGAUUUCUUGUAUGCAGUUGCGGAAGAAAAGAAAAAACCGUGGUGGCGUCGCUUAAUUGAUUUAUUUCGAUAG